UAACGAAUUCUACAUUACUUCAAACAGGAACAAGAAGCGAAAAUAUAACAAAUAAUUUGUACUUUCAUCAAAACAAAAUCCCGUUGUAUUUUUCUCAGAUGGCUCGAACGAAGCAAACGGCCCGCAAGUCCACCGGCGGCAAGGCGCCGCGGAAGCAGCUGGCGACUAAGGCGGCUCGCAAGUCGGCUCCGGCGACCGGCGGCGUGAAGAAGCCGCACAGAUUCAGGCCGGGAACCGUGGCGCUGCGCGAGAUCCGGAAGUAUCAGAAGAGCACGGAGCUACUCAUCCGGAAGCUUCCGUUCCAGCGCUUGGUCCGCGAGAUCGCGCAGGACUUCAAGACCGACCUCCGGUUCCAGAGCUCCGCCGUCUCCGCGCUCCAGGAGGCCGCCGAGGCUUACUUGGUCGGUCUCUUCGAAGACACGAACCUCUGCGCCAUUCAUGCCAAGCGUGUUACUAUCAUGCCCAAGGACAUUCAGCUCGCCAGGCGCAUUAGGGGCGAACGCGCUUAAACCUAAUCCCUGUCCUUUUGUAUAGAUAAUUUCAAGCGUUCUUAGUUAGAUUGAAUUGCGGUUUUCUUUAAGAAUUCUGUAAUGUUAACGCUUUACCAAUGAAAUUAUCGCUUUUGUUCUUCAAUUGAAUUUGGUUCUCUUCAAUUUUAAAGCUUGUUUAUA